AUGGCCCAUUCAACCUGCACGGCCUCCACCCCGUCCCCGCUAAGCCGCCUCGCCGACCAAAUCCUCCUCGGAGCCUCAUCUCCCUCCUCCACCAAAGGCCGCCGGCACUCCACCCGCCCCGAGAUCCCACACAGGCCGGGCUUAGCAUCCCCCACGUCGACAUUCUCGCAGAACUGGGACGGGGAAUUCGCGCAAUUCGCUGCCGGGCCGUCUCGGGACACAGCGCCGGCGUGCCUCACAGACGAGGGGUCGUGCCAAGCCCGGGAUAGGGUCCACGAACCCAUCUUGCGUCUCCCCACGCUGUCAAGCUACGUGUCGGGUGGUGCGGGGGAUUCGGACGAGGAGGGGGGGGAGGAGUAUUCGGCCGCGUGGUCGAAUGAGGCUCUGACCGCCGCCUACCUCCGGUCCAGCCCGCCUGCGCAUUGCGAGCAGAAACAGAAACAGACGAUACGUGCGCGGACGGCGGGGACGACGUGGGCGGCUGAGUUUGUCGCGCGUGUGGACUCGAUAGCGGAUGCGGAGGCGGCGUUUUGGGAGGCGAGGGGCGGGAAGGGGGGGUGGAAUUGGAGGGGGUUGUUUUGUGGGGCUGGGGACGUGGGACGGGGAGAGGGGAGGGAUGGGGAGGGGGAGAAGGGAAGGGAGAGGUUGGCGUUGCUUUUGGGGCAUUUUCGGUGA